AUACUGUGACGGAAGACACCACAGAAUAAACUUAGAAAGGCGGGUCACCUCUCCAAUUCACUCAGAUAACAGAGGCAGCUUUUGCCUCCCAAGGGCACAAGGAUGGAGAAGAAUUUGAAUAAUUAUCGUCAUUACCAUCACCACAUUCAUUAAGCCCCAUCUGCACACGGCACUCGGGAAGUCCCCACAGGUUCUUUUCCUGCCAGUGAGUAAGAGUUCAGUCCAGCAGGGAGGAGUGCCCAAGCAUGCCCUGGCUCACCAGUCUCCUCAAAAGAAUCUUCCUGGUACCCCUUUGCAGCCGGCUGAGCUCGCUGCUGGGUAUGAGCAUGGUUCCUUCUGUGUUCCUGGAGAGCUCUCUGGUGCUUGACUUAUAAUCGUCUUUCUCAGCCCAGGAUCUUGCAUUUUCCAUAAUAGUAGUAACCACCCUGCGGAUUGGGGGCACCAGUCGGGGUUAGGGAGAUGGCCCUAGAACUUGAGUUCAGUCCCCAGAAUGCAGAUUCGAACCCCCGGGCCUGUUAUCACACACUUGAAACCCCAGUGAUGAGAGAGGAGACAGCGCAGCAAAGGGAUUGGGGGGGGGGAGCAUUUCCUACUGCUCACUGGCUAGUCAGCCUAGCCUGUUUGCUAAGUUCCAGGCCAGUUAGACCCUGUUUCAGAACCCAAACACACGGUACCUAGCAUGUAUACACAUAUAUUUAUAGAUGUACACACACACACACACACACACACACACACACACACACACACACACAAUCUUUCCAAAGUAGUAUCCUGUCACUACAGAAGCUAGGUGCUUCUUCUCUAUCCUGUAUAAUAUACCACAGCUUCUAGAACCUUCCAUUAUGUGGUACAUUAACUGAGUGAUCAUUAUAUACAUAUUAUAGUAAACAGAAGGGGAAUAAUGACGGACUGGUUUGGCUUCACAGUUAUCGCCAGACUGAGAGCUGCCGGGGUUCUGUUUCACCCACACACUCAACAUUUCUGAGCUGAUAGAAUGCUUAGCAGACAGCUGUGCCACUGGGGGAUGUUAUACUCAACCUCAUGUGGCUUGGUUCGUUUUCUUACCUUAAGAAAGUUCUCUGUCACCUUCUGCUACGAUGUGACCCAAGGGGUGAGGUUCCUGAGGAUGAAGGACUAGUCCAAUUUCUGCUUAUCUCCGUCCGAUGAGUGCCAUGUGUCAGACAGUGUUACUCAGCGAGCCACCUAGAAGGCGUAGUGUGCUAAGUUCUUGCAGCCCUCACAAUAAAUACUAAUAAUGUGAGGUGUGCUAGACCGUGGAUAUGUGUGGCUGCAAAUAACAUUUAUUUCUGUGACUGUAUCCUGCGUGGACUAAAGCAUCUGAAGUGGAGGUCUAAUCCAGUAAUCUAUCUGUACGAAGGGCUAGAUUGUCAUUUAUCCACUCUUCAUGGUCUGAAAGGAUUUUCAAAAUGCUAAUCAGUGCUAGCCGGAUUUGGUGUUGCAGAUCUGAGGCAGGAGAAUAUUAGGUUCAAGGAUUUGCCGGGCUGUAAAGUAAGCUCAGUUCCAGCCUGGGUAACUUACCAAGAUGCUGUCUCAAAAAGUAGAAUGAGGUUUAGGGCUGGGACUCAGUGGGAGAACUCUGGUCUUGAAUCCUCACAAGGAGCUGGGGGUGUGGAUCUGUGCUAGAGCCCCUGUCUAGCAUUUUUGAGGCCCUUGGUCUAAUCCCCAGAACUAGAGACAGAUAGAGAAAAUGCUAAUAGUGUACCACUAAUAAAGGUCUCAUCUCUGGGAUUGGUCGUAUGCAGUGAAGUCUACUAUUCGGAUUCCUCUGGUGCUUCUAAUGCAUGCAGGGUUGACAGCUAUGGACUCGACCUUCUGGUGUCAGUUGGUGCGGACUCCGCAGCCCAUCUGUGCCAAUAGCGAGUCACAAUUUGUGUAAUUUUGUAGCUGUCCUAGCUCACAGAAUACAGCACUGGAAUUCCGUGAGGCUUUGAGACAGGAUUUCUACGUAGUCCAAGCUGGCCUUCAACUCAGUCUCUCAGGUGCUAGGAUUUCCCAGGCAUGCACCAUUAUCUGGCUAGAAAUUAGAAUUGGGCCACAUAAGAUUGGCCGGACUUCAUGCAUUUCCUUGUCUUAUUCUAAGCCAGGUGUAUGGCCUUAACAGGGACCCCUGUGGCAGUGGGGAAGGGGUUUACUUUGAUCUCAGUUUGCACAUUUAUUGUAUCGAAGUUUAUUUAGCAUCUUCUGUGUGCCCAGGGAAAGUAAAAACGGAUUCUAUUAGGCAAUCAAGGCUCUGAUAAAGGUUGGCUGAGGAAUUUCAAAGAAAGCAUACUGACCUCCUUCCUCGUUGUGGGAAAAAGCUUCCCAGCGACGGUGUUGGAACUGAGCUCCAACGGGCAUGUAACCAUUUACCUGGCCACAUUCUCCACUCACCUCUGCCUGACAGAAGAACACUUAAUGUACCCAGGAGGGGAGGGGUGGAGGAAGGUGGCUCCUGAAUAAAAUGUGUGGCAGUCGGGACCACAUGGAGACCUGAAGAACAAGGCAUAGGCCACCCCUGUAUGCACAGCUUGCUUCAUGCAUGGUGGGAAAUUCACUCCAAGCUCUUGGAGCUGAAUUUCGGGUGGGGGUGGGGGGCUGUGCCUGCCAAGGCCCACAGCUCCUACAGGGAAUUCUGCAGUAUUCUUAGUUUCUAGAUCUAUUUACCAUCUGUCUGUCAUCUAUCUAUGUGAUGCUUAGUUUAAUGUGUCAAGUUGUCAUAAUCUAGAACUACCUGGACUUGGCCUAUGAGCAUGUAUUUGGGGCAAGGAUUGACUGUUAAAUCAUGUAGGAAGACCAGCUAGGUAAAAGUAGGUGGUGACGUUCCUGGGGUUGUGUCCUGGACUAUGUAAGUAUAGAGAGGGAAUCGUACCCAAGAGUCAUGCGUGUUUUCAUGGGUGGGUGUUUAAGUUCCUCCUGCCUUGAAUUCUUAUCUCUGAUGCACUGUAACCAGAAACUGUGGGUAAAAUAAAUCCUUUCUCCUCUAAGUUGUUGGGUUUUUUUUUUUUUCAUUUUGUUUUGUUUGUUUUUUUAUUUUUGGGUUUUAGAGGAUUAGUUUGUUUUGGUUUCUGUUUUGUUUCAGUCUGUUGUUUUGUUUUGCUUUGUUUUCCUCAAGACACGGUUUCUCUGUGUAAUAGCACUGGCUAUUCAGGAACACUCUCUGUAGACCAGACUGGCCUUGAACUCACAGAGAUCUGCCUGCCUCUGCCUCCCAAGUACUUGAACUAAAGGUGUGCGCCACCAUGCUCAACUACAUUGUGUAGUUUUUUCUUGUUUGUUUGGUUUUGGGUUUUGUUUGUUUGUUUGGUUUUCGGUCAGUUAUUUUAUCACUGAACAGAAAGGAAAUUAGAACACUAUCAUCUAAAUACCCUCUAUCAUCUGUCUGCCAUCUACCUACAAUCUUAUCAAUCAUCUCUGUGUCUGUUUAUAUAUUCUCUAUACUGUCUUUUACCUAUAACUCUCACCUAUACAUCUCUCAUUAAUGUACACAUCCAUCAAUCUAUUCAAUCUAUGUAUCUCUUCCCAGUGGCGUGUGUGUGUGUGUGUGUGUGUGUGUGUGUGUGUGUGUGUGUGUGUGUGUGUUUACUUUUGAGGUAUAUUGUCAUUGUGUAGCUCAGGCUAGCCUCCCAACUCCUUGUCUUCCUGCCUCAGCCUCUCCCAUGCUGAAAUUAUAGGUAUGCAUCACCACACACGUCAACCUAGGAAAUUUCCCAUCCAGCUACCUGAUGAUGGAUUUUGUUGACUUUCAUUGGGUUUUUGAACUUUCACAAAUACAUAUUAACAAUAAAUUUUUAUCACAGUAUUUUACUUAUGUACUCCUUAGCUUAAAGAGUGACCCUGAGUUCUGUAACCUGUAGGCUGUUCAGACUCUGGAUCUGAGGCUUAAGGACUUUUAGGGUGUUCUUGAAGGCAAAAGGAGUUGGGUGUUGUUAUUGUUGGUUUGUUUUGGGGCAGGGUCUUUCUUUAUAAUCCAGGCUGGUUCAGAACUCCCGGGCUGGCCUCAGACCCACAGAGAUCCAUCAUCCAUCCCUGCUUUCCAGGUCCUAGGAUUAGUCUUGUGCCAUCAUACCCACCCUAUAAUAGGUUUUUGUUUUAAUUGUAUUCUAUCGGGGGCAGGGCAAGUGCCGUAGCACACAUGUGCAGAUCAGAGGACAGUGUGUGGGAGUCGGUUCUCUCCAUCCACCUUGUGGGUCCUGGCAAUCAAUCUUGAGUCAUCAGGCUUGGCAGCAACUGCUUUUAUCCAUUGAGCCAUCUUGUCGACCCUUGGGAUAGGAGUCUUUAGUAGUAAUAUAGCAUGCCUGUCUGCCAUGUUGCAUUCCUCUUGGAAACUGUCUAUCGGAAGUAAAACACUGCAAUGGGGAGCAAAUCCCUCCUCCUUAGAUGAAGAGAGGGGAUAGUGACUACAGGGGUGUGGGUAGAAGGAAGAACAAUGUAUACUGUAGCACAAUGGGGCAUGGUUGUCUAAAAUUAGCUGCAUAUUUCAGAAUAGCUGGUAGGGGGUAUUUUGGAGGUUUUCAACCCAAAGAAAAGAGAGACGUUAGCUAUGACAUAAUACAUGUGUUGAUAUGGCACAAUGAUCAGUUAUGAUAGCACACACCUUUAAUCCCAGCACCCAGGAGUCAAAGGCAGUAGGAUGAAGAGAGAGCUCAUGACCAACCUGGAUGACAUCAUGACGCCUUCGCCCAAAAGAAUGAAAACAAAAGGCCUAGCGAGGUGUCUCAGUGGCUAAGAGCUUAAGGGCUCUUGUUCAGUUCCCAGCACUUACAUCAAAGAGCUCGUAAAUGCUGUAGCGAUUGCACCGGGGUACUGAAUGCCCUCAGCUGUCUUCCUUGGGAGCCUACACCCACAUGCACAUAGCUGCACAUGCGUGUGCACGCACGCGCAUGCACAUAUAUAUACAUCCGCCAAAUACAUGGAUACAAUUAAAAAACUGAAACACGGGUGCUGGGUGGCAGCUCAGUUGGUAGGGCACUUGCCCAUCGUGCAUGAGGUGCCGGCUUCCAUCUUCAGCCUUAUGUAAACCGAAUAUGGUUGUGUACGAGUGUAAUUUCAACAUCUACAAAGUGGAAGCUGAAGGGUCAGGAGUUCAAGGUAGCCCAUAGCUACAUAUGAACUGUAGACUAGGCUGUGUAUCAUGAUACCCUGACCAGUAACAAUAAUAGUUGUAGUAUCAUCAUCAUCAUCAUCAACAUCAUCAUCAACAUCAUCACAUUAUUACUACAUAGAUAGAAUACAGUGACACGAAAAGAACAUAAAAAGAAAAGACUACUUUGCUGGUAGCUGCUAAAGCUUCCCCAGCUGACCAUUACCCCAGGCUACCACCUUGGCACUCUGAACUGGGACGGCAGGUUUUGGGAGGCAGGGGCUGGCGACUGCUGGUGCCCCUGACCACUUGUGCCAGGCCCAGGUUUCCUCACAUUCAUUUUUUACCCAUCAGCCUUUCUGUCUCACAUGCCCUGCCUAAUUCCAAAUGUUCUCGGCAUAUUUUUUUUUCUCUCUCUCCAAGCGGUAGCUCUAUUAUUUCGGAUGGAAAACAGUCCUCCAGCUUUUGAUCUCAUGCUUAAAUAAAAAUGUCCUCCCGUUCUCCGUGAUAUAUUUGCUUAUCGGAUUUAUUUAAUGAAAUAUGGAUUUAUGCCAUAAAUAUUGGAGUUGGUGUCGUCCAUAUUUCAAUUAAUGGAUCAUUUAUAUGUCAUGCUAACUUUGUAAUUACCGAAAUGUAGAAAUAUAGCAGAGGGAAAUGAAUCUCUGAUCUCCUUCACAUUCCGCCCCCAUCCAAGGUGUCGACAAGAAGAGGAAGAUUUAAUGUGAGGUUUCCUAAAGAAAGGGCAGAGGACUGGAGAAGCUGGUUCCUCCAGCAGGGCUAGAAGAGAUUUGUGAAUCCAGCCUCGUAACAGUGGUGUGCUCACUGUCCUCGGAGAGCAGGAAGUGAGGCCCUGGCCAGAGGGCCUGGCCGUCAAUCUACCUCCAGGUCCUCAUGAUCAUCGUUUUUUUUGUCUCAGUCAUAAAGCACAAGCUAUUUCCCCCCUUUGCCAAAUCUCAGGCCUAAAUGGCUCUAAAUAUACAUGAAUAUAGAUUUCUUGCUGAGCCCUACUGCCAGGAAUUCACUAGUAACCCUCACCUGACCUGGGAGAGAGAAGAUGCGUUCUCCGUCCCCUGUCAGCCAGCAGCCUGUCACUUGGCUUCCUCUUUGGCAGAAGGUUCUGCCCUCAAUGGUACCCUAGUGACGUCUCUCGCUCUCUCCUCGUCUCUCAUGCCCGCCCGCCGGUCGCUAGCCAGAGAAAUCUGGCAAGAGGUGCCCAGACAGUGACUCUAACUCACGUAUAUAAUUCCAUCAGAAUACGUCCAAUGGUGGAGGGGAAAAAUCAUUGUUCUCUCAACUAGCUGAGCUUAAAGCCCGAGCAGAAAAUACUAAAGUCAGCCGUGCCUUUGAGCUGCCUCUAACAGCGCCCUUUGGAGACCCAUUUCAUACAAAAUUUGAAGCCUGUGUUUAUUGCCCAUUAAAGCAACCUUUAUUUUAUGGCAAAUGUUGCAGUAAUUGCCUUUUACGAAGAGCACUUUGUAACACACAUGCACAGUUGAAAGAAAACCACUCUGGUAUUGUCUAUCGGGACGUAAUGGCGCAAUUAAUUUUACUCCAUCUGUUCCUGAGACUUUAAAGGAAAAUGGAUUUUUUUUUUGAGCGCACUUUAAUGAAGAAGAUAAAGCGGCCCGGCUGGUGUCCCACAGGCUCUGCGCAGUAAGUUCAGAUUAUUGCUCAGUCUGUCAGAAUGGGCCGCUUCCCUCAGCAGCCGACACAGCCAGCAACCCGCUCUGGCCCCUCGCCGCGCCAUUCCCGAUGACAAACUGCCAGCCAGCUCCCACAAAAGCACGAUUAAAAUGUCAGCACAGGAUGACGAAGGGGCCAAGAGGGUCCUCGGAGACAAACUGUGUUCAGUAUGAGUUAAUACUUUACAACAGGGCUGGGGCCCAGCUUGCUUGCUGACUGCUUUCAGGCUGUUGGCUUGCCUCAAAGACGAUGAAAGGGGCAGGGCCGGCGACUCGGUGGCAGGAAGGAUGUGCCCUGCGCAUGUCCGCGUGGCUGAUAAGUGUGUCACACUUUGGAAGAGGUACCUGUGAGCUGAGACUACUGAAUGUGGGUUCCCCUCGGUGGGUUCUUAGCAUGGAUGAAGGAGGGGGAGGUUGCCAGGAAGGACCCUGUUGCCAUAAGCUUUGUCUUGGAUAUUGUCGGCAUCCCCUCAAAAGAUCACAAGGGCUCUGUGAAGAUGCCCAAGAGUGAAGCCACCCAUCACAAAGAGAGGACUAUGCAAAGAAUAUCAUCAUUGUCACCCUAGAUUCCACAUGCCAGUCUCAGAAUGAAUAACUGAGGCAAGCAAGAAUCCAACAGCAUGACAUCCGUCUGUCUGUCUUCCUUCCUUCCUUCCUUCCUCCUUCCCUCCCUCUCUCUCCCUCCCUUCCUUUGCUUUCUAACACAGGGCCACAUGUAGCCUUGCCUGGUUCCAGAUUUGCUGUAUGGCUAAGGACGACCUUGAACUUCUAAUGCCUGCAGCACCGUGCUCAGGUUCUAGGAUCCUGGCGUUCAAAUCCAGAAUUUCAUGCACGCUAGGCAAACACUAUGGCAGUCGAGCCGCGCCCACAGCCCAGCACAAUGUCUUCUAUUGGCCUAUCAGCAACCUCAGGCCACAGUCCAAUAACCUGAGCAGGACACAUGCCAAGCAAACUGCAUAUCCCCUCCCCCGCCCCCAGUCUCCCUCACUACAGCUGUGUGACCACAAGGAAGCGAUGAAAAGGCCAGGGAUUUACAUCUCUGGCCUCCUGCAGAGACCUGGUCUGCCAUCCUAGCCAGGCAGCAGGUGUGAGCUGCUGCCAUUGUCCCUAAUGGUUAUUACCAGCAAUAAGCGGGACAAAUGUGAGGUCAUCUCUCCCGCUGGCAGGUCAGGGGGGGAUGGACGGACGGAAAGCCCCUUAGAGACUGGGAAAUGAGAUGGUCAGUAUCCACAUCCACCGUGGAAGCAUCUCCAAGGCUAGAAAAGGGCAGAGGGGAGGGGAGGUGGGACGGAAGACUUCUCGUAGUGUGAUUCCAGAUGACCACUCCCGAUUGAAGAGCAAUCAGGGGCGACCAUUGUUAGUGGCCAAGCACACCAGUGCAUAUGCAUGGUACCAACAGGGUAGCCACGGGAAGGCAGGAGGCAGGUGCAGGCCUGCUGAGGUGAGGGGGAGUUGGCUUCCUCAUGGCACAUCCACCACAGGGCCAAAGCGUCACAAAGGGUCGUUGAGGGAAGCCCUGCUGGUUUCUAAUUAAACUCCUAGUCCUUCAGUCAUUCAUCCAGGAGGUGGCUAAGGGGGGACCUCAGGCUUCCUGACUUUGUGCUGCUCUGACUUCCUGGCUGCUUUUUCCUACUCUUGUCUUGUGACUGCUUCCCUGAUGGCGAGGGAACCUCCCACAGUUCUGCUAAUCUCAUGUCCUCCUCUCUCCGUCUCGCCAUGAUUCCCAUCUCUUGCUUGAUCUGGCCUCUCCUCUUUCCUCCACAGCCUUUAUCAGCCCCAUCUCCUGGAAGUGUUUCCUGAAUCCUUCUGCCUUUUCAUGGGUCUCAAAGGUUCUUCUUCCUGCCAGCUUUCCUGUUUUGAACAUCACGUGGCUUUUAGGACAUAAACAGAUUUCUUGGGGCUACCAAGGGCUAUCAAUGGUGUCAUUGAUGACCUGAGAAACAAACCUCUUAAAGCAACCAGUGUUCCAUUAACCUUUCUGCAGGGAGAUUACAAGGGAACCUUAAGUUCCCUACACUAUAAGGUCACUAAAAGGAAAGACAGACAAGGGAAUGAGAGACUUCGUGGAACUGCACUCACUCCUGUGCCUGCUUAGAAGUUUUUCAAGUACAGAUGUGUGUGUGUGUGUGUGUGUGUGUGUGUGUGUGUGUGUGUGUGUGUGUGUGCGCGUGCGCAAACUAUACUAUGGAGGAAUCUUCUAGCAAGCUCUCUGCAGAGUUGGAGGAGGCAGCUGAAGGGAAGGUCACCCCAAUUUUGCUCUACUCCUCUCUCUUCUGCUUGGAUUUCCUCUAUAGUUUACCUCCUGUCUGCAACCACCAUCAAGGUCCCUGGUUUUCUGCUUACCCAAGGCACUGAGGAGGAAUGCUGCCCUUUUUAAUUUUAUGGAGAUUUGUUUAUGUAAUUUUGUGUGUGUGAGUGUGUGAGUGUGUAAGUGUGUGUGUCUGAGUGUGUGAGUGUGAGUGUGUGUGAGCUUGUGUGUGAGUGUGUGUGAGUGUAUGUGUGUGAGUAUGUGUGAGUGUGUGAGUGUGUGAGUGUGUCUCUGUGAGUGUGUGUCUCUGUGUGUGUGAGUGUGUGUGUGUGUGCGUCUGUGUGUGUGAGUGAGUGUGUGAGUGUGUGAAUGUGAGUGUGUGAGUGUGAGUGUGUGUGAGUGUGUGAGUGUGAGUAUGUGAGUGUGUGAGUGUGAGUGUGUGUGAGUGUGUGUAAAUGUGAGUGUGUGUGUGAGGGUGUGAAUGUGUGUGUGAGUGUGUGUGUGUAUGUGUGUGUGUCCGCCCAUGUAUGCAAUGCCAACAAAACCCAGAAGAGGGUGUAGCGUCAGAUCCCCUGAGCUGCCCGGUGUGAGUACUGGGAACAUAACUCCAAGCUUGGAUCUUCUGCAAGAACAGCAAGUACUCACAACUGCUGAGCCACUCUAGCCCCCUCAAGAGAAGUAUUUUAAACUGAUGCUAUUUUAAUAAUCCCAGUAGUAGGCAUGCAUCUUGGCCAAGUUAAGGAAUGUAAGAAAUAGGGGAAAUAUUGUAUUACCCAUCAUCCAGAGCUAAGACGAAGGCAUCGUGAAAAGAGAGCGCUUUCCCCACGUAGGGCUUCCCUGGGGUUGGUAACAUAGGUGGUAUGCCAAGGGAUCAUAAAUUUUAGGCUUUGAACUUUAACGUAGAUAAGCAGGCUCUGAAACCAUUGUGUCUUAACUGCCAAUAUGCAAGGCCCAAAUUCAGCGGGUUUUUUUUGGGGGGGUAUUUUUGUUAACUCUCAGGAAAGACACAGUCUCCCCUCCCUCUUCUCUUUGCACAUCACCAUGUCCUGAGAAGUGUGCUGGGACGACAGUAGCACACUGGCAGCUUUUAUUCCUGAGGGGAGACAUGGAAUGAGGAGAUAUCACACCUGUAACCUGCAUCCUUUCCGGCAAGAGUAUAGAGUUGAGGAACCAGGCACAGAGGCCUUUCCAUACCCCACAGUAUGCCUGAAGAGAGCCAGACGUUCGUUAUGCAGACUCUUUCUCUCUUUUUAAAGCGUGAGCAUGCAUGUAUGCAUGUGUGUGUGCAUACGUGCAUGCAUGUGUAUACAUGGGUGCCUCUUCCUCUGUGCCUGUGCAUGUGCACAUGCAAGUGCAUAGUGUGCAAACUUGCAGAGACUAGAAAGGGAUGUUGCAUACUUUAGAGGUGGAGUCAUACAUAGUGUUGUGGGAUAUCCGCCAGGUGUGUGGACUGCUAAACUCUAUUUCUCAUGAUUGAACAAUAAGAACCUUUAACCACUAAGUCAGUGGUUUUCAACCCUUGGGUCAUGAUCCCUUUGGGGAUCAAACGACCUUUUCCCAGGGGUCAGAUAAGGCCCUCAGAAGAUACAUAUGUUUACAUUAUGAUCCAUAAUAGUAGCAAAGUUACAGUAAUGAAGUAACAACAGAAAAUAAUUGUAUGGUUUGGGGAAUCACCACAAUCUGAAGAACUGUAUUAAAGGGUCUCAGCAAUAGGAAGGUUGAGAACCACUGCAAUCAGCCAUCUUUCCAGCUUCUCAUUACAAAGAGUUUCUAGUCUCCUCCUCAAGCCCCAAGAAGCAAUAAGCCUUAAUGAUUGGGUCAAGGGACUGAGUGCAGAUCCCUGCCUGGGGAAGAGGGGAUCAGGACAUAUUUAUAAUGUCAAUACUGAGGAGGUAGACAGGAGGAUUCUUAGGAUUUGCUGGCCAGUCAGGCUAACCAAAUUGAAGACUUACAGGUCAGUGGGAGACUUUGUCUAAAAAAAUAAAGGUAGAAGAUGAACCAGGAAGACACCCCCCCCCAGUUGACUUCUGAUAUCCCCAUGCAUGGAUAUGCACAUGCGUGCUUAUAUGUGUACACACACACAAACACACACUCACACUCACUUCAAAAUGACCCACAAACCACAUAACUCCAUGGCUUUUGAAUGUACUGCAUCAUAAAACCAGCUUCCCAUGACUUCCCCAAGCAGUAAACCCCCAGCUUGGGCACUGGGGGGACGCAGCGCUCGGUCUUUAAUGGACCACAGCUGAGGCAAGUUGAAAAGAGGGAGGGCUGUAAACCUCAGAACAGGCCUCGCCAGUGCCGCCCACCGUGGCAGAAUGAUUCAAGAGGCUCCAAACUUUGCCUCAUCAAGUCGGAGAAUUGUGUGCAAAUGAACUUUUCAAGAAUUAUGCCGCCGUUGGCAUUACAGUAUUACACGCACGCCCGUUCCCGAUCACUCACUGGAACUUAUUUUGUAGUUAACCUCCAUAAAGGACUGCGAGAGCGAGCCCAGGCCUGUCACACACACAUUAUUUAGAAGCCCUUAUUAUUAUUUUAUUGCUAGUCCUUGACAGCUGAGGAAAAGCCAAGCGCUUUAAUCUUUUUUUUUCCCCCUCAACCCCUUUAGUUUACAGUGUAAGAGCUCUGCGUAAGAUGGAUUUGAUUAAUAUGUAACAGAGAUGCAAUUCUCGGUAAAAUGUGCUGUACGUUAGCACCCCGGAAAACAAACUGCAGCACAAUGGCUUAAAUCUCAGUCCAUUGUAUUAUAUAGACAUCAUAAAUAAUAGAGAGCAGGCAGAUAUUGCUGCCGGCUUCAUCUGCAUAACACAUCUGAGCUCUCCGUAAUGCGUUCAGCUUGUCACUUUUAGUGCAGAAAAGAAGCCGUAAAGCUAACAGCUGACUAACACACAUCGGCUCUACUUCUCCUUCCAGAGGGGGUGAACGCUCAUUAAGACAUCUUAGCCCUGACUUUUAAAAUCCAUAACUCUUACAAAUGUAAAAAAGUUGCCACGAAAGAUUAAGCGCAUAAUAUAUGUCAAAUGUAUAAUUUUCUUUCAUGCCUCUUCACCACCACCAGCCAGCAUUCCCUGCUGCCACCACCACACCAAAACCCUCCCUUCUUUUAUAGCCCUCACACUAAAGGAAAGAAAAUAUAAAAUGCCCAGGUUCCAGAUAAAACCAGAUGAAAUAUCAUGUUCAUGACCAGUGUAAGCGGUAGUAUUUUUUUUUCUUUCUUACUUUUUUUUUUUAAAGAAAGGAUCUCCCGUUACCCAGCCUUGAAUUCACUAAGCACUCAAGGAUGACCUUGAACUCCUGAGCCUCUGCCUAUGCCUCCCAGGUUCUAGAAUUAGAAACCUGUACUGGGGGGCUGGGGAUUUAGCUCAGUGGUAGAGCGCUUGCCUAGGAAGCGCAAGGCCCUGGGUUCGGUCCCCAGCUCCGAAAAAAAAGAACCACAAAAAAAAAAAAAAAAAAAAAAACCUGUACUGGUUUAUGUGGUCCUGGGGCUAGAACCCUGGUCUUUGUGCAUGCUAGGUAGGCACUCUGCCAACUGGGCUACAUCCACAAUACCUUUGUUUUCUUUGUUUGUCCUUUUAAGGAAAAUAAAAACAGAAAAGAAUAAUGUUAUAUUUUAUUGUGAUAUAUCUGUUAUGCCUAAAAGAGGAGGGAGUCAGUUCUCUCCACCGUGUAAGGGGCUAGCCUUACAAGCACAGUAUGUAGCCCAGGCUGGCCUUAAACUCCUGGUCUUCAUGCCUCCAUUUCUGAGUGCUAGGAUCACAGGUAUUUGAUACCAUGCUACCACACCCAGCUUGGUUCUUUUGGGUUCUGAGUGACCCCCAGAAGGUUGCCCCUCUCUCCCCCUUUCUGUGUAUGUGACCAGCUCUGAAGGAACUGGAAGUCAGUCCUCUCAAGUCCACCAUUCAGAGAAGCCACACAGUCACCCUUGGCUACCUAAAAUGCUCUACUUCCUGUUAGAAACUGGGAGGAAGUCCCUUUCUUGAUGGGCCCAGGCAUCUUAGCAUCUUAUCAGGGUGUAUGGUGUUCUGCUGAGUGCGCCUGCCGCUUGCUGUCUAUGUGUCUGUGAGCGUGUAUGCUGUUCACCUGUGUGUACAUGUACAUCAUCUACACAUGCACGUGCCGGUCAGAGGUCAGAAUCAGGUGUCUUCCUCAGUAGCUAUCCACAUGACAUUUUGAGACAGUUUCUCAGUGAACCUAGAGCUCACCAGUGUGGCUUGUCUCUCCUCACUGAACCUGGAGUUCCUCACUGGUUUGGCUAGUCUCUCUAGCCAGCAAGCCCUAGGACUCUUCCAUCCCCUCCUCCCACAGCUCUGAGGUUAAAGACAUGCACUGCCUUACUCAGCCUUUUACAUGGGUGAUGGGGAUCCAAACUAGGGUCCUCUUCACACUGAAAGCAUUUUACCCACUGAGCCAUUUCCCCUGACCCCAAUUUCAUAGGUUUUUAAAGGAAGAAAAAUUGAAAACAUCGUAGCACAUCAUUUUCUAUGACAAGGGCGAGGUGUUUUAAGGGAUUAAGGCUGUUAGACAAGAAGAGAGUGUAUUUGUAUCUAAUGGUAGGGGCAGAGUGCACUCCCUGGGGUGUGUGGGAGUGUCUUGGGGAGCACUGCACUCUUUCUUGUGGAGACUGUGAUGCACACAGUUUACGGAUGUGUUUAUCUCAUGAUAUUCAUCAACUGAAAAAAUAAAGGAUGCUUUACAGGGCUGGGGAGAGGACUCGGUGAAUAAAGCACUUGCCUCACAAACAUGAGGACUAGAGUUUGGAUUCCCAGAGCCCAUGUAAAAAAGCUAGGCAUGGUGGUACAAGAUAUGUGAGAGUGGCUUCUAGUUCCUUACACACACACACACACACACACACACACACAAAGAGAGAGAGAGAGAGAGAGAGAGAGAGAGAGAGAGAGAGACUUUAAAAACGAUUUUAUACUGCUGCUUGUACAGAAAAAAAAAUGGCUGCCGGAAGCCUGAAUGGUAGGUAGCAAGGCAAGCUAAGCAUGAGACAGGAAAUUUUUUCUAGCACUUAUAAUUCUCCCACAGGAAGAGCAUUAGAGCUCCCAACACUUGACUCUUUUAGUAUGAGUUGAACCAACUUCUGAAAAACAAACUUACAGGAAGGAAAAAAAAAUACUUUUUUUUUUUUUUGGCCUAACCACCCUGUAUAAGGUGGGGGUUCAGCAUGCCAAGCCAACAGAAGUUGGAAGUCAACACAGAAAUCCCCUGAUACACUAGGGGAGAACACUGUUUACUUAUAAGGACCGUGUGGUGUACAUGUGUGUGAGUGUGCAUAUUCGUACGUGUGAUACCCACCAGCCUAGACACAGGGGCUUUCAUUGUGCUUGUGGGUGAAGACUGAAAGAAGUCUUACUUCCCUCCGAGAGGAGUGUGGGCCUGGAACACUGGGACAUUUUUCUACCAGUUACAAUGACAGUUUGUUUUUGGAGAAAGUUGCCAUUAAACUCCAGUGUGGGCUGCCUCACUGUAAGCUUGGUUGGUGUCACCCAGGCUGGCCCCUCCAAAAAUCCAGGUUCUGAUUCUGGAGCCCAAGUUUUGAUGCUGAUUCUUAACCAUAUUGUUUUUUUUUUAAUUACAUUUAUUCCAUUUAUUUAGGAGGGAGACAUGUGGGUCCCAGGGAUCAGACUCUGGCCAUAAGGGUUGGCAGCAAAUGCCCUUCUCAAAGAGCCAUCUCACUAGUUCAUCUGGCCGUGUUCUUGCUGUAGGUUACAGUCUCUUCUUACAGACCCCUGGAUUUCCGAUCUUAUCCCAGCAUAUUCUAUAACCAGCGCAGCCAUUGUCCCAGCCUCACUACUGCAUUAGAUAUCUCGAGCACACCUAGAGAUCUUUGAUUUCCAUCAAGUUGCUUCCAGGCACAGGAUGCUGUUUGGCUUCAAACCCUGAAGUCUCUCACGCUUGUCUAUCGAGAUGUGAUUUGAACUUCAGCAGUUCUUGAAUACUUAUCGACCCUGUGCUUAAAGUUACCCCCUCCGGCCCCCAUGACAAUCUUACGCUUGUCUGCCUGACUGUAUGCACAAACAUGUUAUUGCUCCUUGCCACCUGACUAUACCAUAGUUUACCAUGCAGUCUCCUAUCCAGGUGCUAACUAGGCCAGGCCCUGUUUAACCUUUAGGACCAGAUUGCUUGGGGCAUGGCACCAAGUUGUAGAGCAUAAUAUAUAUUCCCUUAGAUAUCUAAGGUGGAGUGGUUGCUUUUCUCAUGGAUAGGACUGAAUGCCUCAUCGGAAGGGCUUACCGGAUGGCAAGGUGGCUCUGUGGGUAAGGGACCGAGGGUAAGGUUCCAAGCCUAAAGACCUGUGUUUGAUCCCUUGAACCCACAAGGCAGGAGAGAACUGAUUCUCAAAGACUGUCCUCUGCCCUCCACAUACUUUGGCACACGUUUGCCCACAAACAUUCCCACUAGAGAGAGAGAGAGAGAGAGAGAGAGAGAGAGAGAGAGAGUUUUAUUUUGUUUUUAGCCUAACUCUCUCCCAGCCGAGCAUUUUUGGCACUGUGCUUUGCAGCUUAAUAAAGAAAUGGUUUAUUUUGGUUAGAGAGGAUCAUGGGAAGAAAUUAUGGGCAUCAGGAAGAAUAGGCUAGCUGACUGCAUUGCAUCCCCAGUAAGGAAGCAGAGAGUCAGGAGGAAGUAGGACCAGGCUGUUAAACCUCAGGACCCACCUUCAGGGACCCCUUCUACGAGCAAGGCUCCACCUCCUGAAGGUUUCCCAAGACGGCCCCACCCAGGUGGGAGCCAAGCAUUCACAGGCAUCCUACAUUCAAACCGUAGUGUAAGUUUAUACUCGACCCCCCCUCCUUCAGGCAAACAGGCCAGCAGCGACAGCGUCUUUACAGCAAGCACUUCUGCAGCUCUGGCAGUGUUUCUCAAGUCUGUUUUAGCUGUGGGACUAUGGGUCAUGGAGUAGGUGCACAUUAGUUUCAGUAGAUAUUGUGGGUGCUUGUAAUUGUUAGUAGUUGUACAACCACACUGCCGUCGUGCACAACAGAGCUCAUCUCUACCCAUUCUUGUCCACACUUGCUGGGACCCACCUUUCUGGUUUUAGUGAUUUUCUUGAAAGAGUUAUCUUAACUGGGUGGUAGCAGUACACACCUUUAAUCCUAGCACUCAGGAGGCAGAGGCAGGCAGAUCUCUGAGAUCGAGGCCAACCUCUGGUCUACAGAGCGAGUUCCGGGACAGCCAGGGUUACCCAGAAACCCUGUCUCAGUAAAUAAAAUGUGUGUAAUAGGGCGUGAGCACACCUGAGUGUGGUAGCCACGAGGCCAUGGUCUUCCUGCCGUCACCUUGAGUGUUAGGAUCUCAGGUGUGCACCACUGUGCCUGCUUAUGAAGCACACAGGAUCAAACCCAGCGCUUCCUGUGUGCUAGAUGUAAGCGCUUUACCAACCAAGCCACAUGUUUAGCCCUGGGCUUUCAUGGUUUUCAAUGGAUCCACGGGUGUCCUAAGACAGGAUAGCAGAGGUUAUUCUAACGUGCCUGGGAAAACCCACGGAAGUCAAUCGAUUAUAAAGAACUGACAAGAUGUAUCGUCUCUGCUCUCUGUCUUCCCUAGUCAUGCCCAAACCCUUCCCUAGAUUCUUAUGCUCAAAGUGGUCCAGGAGUUCGAGGCCAUCCUUAGGUACAAUAAGGAAUUUGAGUUUAGCACGGCCUACAAGAGACUCUUGUCUCAAAAGAAAUAAAAAGGAUUAAAAUGCAUCCUCUUCCUCCUCUUCGUAAAAGUACUGCAUAACCUUGGAGGCCUGCCUCCUUUGUGCAUUCUGUUUCUUAACUCAGCUCUACGCACCAGCAAACACUCCACAGAGCUAGGUAGAAAAGCAUUUUUCUUGCUUCAACAUCUCCUCUUUGAGACCCUCUGCUGGAGGCUUUAGUAAUUACUAGCGGAAGCAGUAAGACAGGAACCAAAAUGGAACAGGAUUUGAGGCCAGCCUAUGCUACAAGACAUGCUGUCACAGUCUGGGGAUAUGGCUCAGCUAAUAGUAGUACACUUACCUAGCAUGCCUGAGGCUAUCAGUACCAUCCCCAGCACCUCAUAAACCAGGCGUGGUAGUGUAUGCACUCACUUGGGAAGUAGAGGCAAAAAAAAAAAAAAAUCCAAAUUUGAAGGUCAUCCUGAGGCUAGCCUGGGCUACAUGAAACCUUGACUCAAUAAAACAAAAACAAACAGAAAAAGGAAUGCUCAUCCCUUCUCUGUUUCUCACCCCCACCCCCAACCCCCCUUACUCCCUGCACUGUGACCGGGAUAAUUGAGUUGGAAGUAGCAUCAGUGUUUCUUCAUCUUCCUUCAGGCUCACACGCCCGUUCUUCACCCAAAGGGAGAGAGAUUAAUUGAGGUCUUUUAUCUUCCAUUCAAAUGAGGCUUUUCUGUGAAUUGCUCCCACCCUCCCAGCCCCAUCAGCUCUCCUAACCUCCCCACACUCAUUAGGAGCUGAACCUGCCAUGAAGAUAGCCCCCUCCCUCCCCCCCCCAUCUCUACAGAGCCACACUAUCCCUCCAGGGUCUCUCAUCCACCUCCCCUGAUAUCUCUGACCUGGCAUCACCCUCAGUCCAAAUGGGAAACAUCACUGGGGGGAGCCAAGCAGAUCCAACCGGAAGCUGGGCCCACAACCCAACCCUCCCCACUCUGCCAGAUGGCCUGGUACAGCAAGCCUUCUUUCAGAAUUAAUAACUCGCCCUCUGGAGGGCCAGCUCCAGCCAGCCAGCUUUCGCCUUUCUCCAGCUCAGUGUAUUCCUCCUCCCUGCCGUGUCUUUGGGCUGCUCUGUUCAGGGCAGCCUUCAGGCACAAGAGCUGCCUCCUCUCCCUCUAUUUCCCCUUGCCUUUGGCUUCUGACGGUGCAGCUUUUAAUCUAGAAAUUAUGGUAAGCUGUAUGUGCAUUUUGAGAGUAUAUCAUUGCGGCAUUUAAUUAACAGUUAUUAGUGUUAGCGUACUGCGCUGUAUUCCAUGUCACAAGUCAUCAAUUCUCCCAGAGCAGUUAUAGCAAUUAAGAACUCCAUCAUACCUUCUGUAUAGUCAUUUGGUAGUUUUCCAGAUCUUUUCAAAACUGGAAAUUACUAAUCAAAUCAUUUCUGCUCUGCGCCUCGAUAUCGUUUAUUCCAUUCCUAAUGAUGUGCGACUUUCCCCCCCCCCUCCCUCUUUCUCUCCUCCUUUGGCCGUUAACGGAGGCAUCCGUGCGUGAGUCUAACCCAUUUCACACUGCCGUCAUGCUUUGGCGAGGCGAUAAUGAACUUGCAGGAGGAAAUGCACACACUGCUUCUCUCGGAGCAGAGCGCCGCCGUCUUGCCUCUCUUGCUGUUGGGCGAUCGAAUCGUUGGAAACUGGGAAACCCAUCCGAAGACCCGCAAACCCAACUCUGCCUGUUGCCGUGGCCACCAAAGUGGCGCUUCAAGUCAGAGAGCUCGGCACCGUUCCUCCCUGCCCAAUAUGUCAUGCUUCUAAACGGUCACUAAUUACAUUGGUUGUGGUGGGGGUGGGGAAUCUUGUCUUGGCCUGGGUAAACCCUUAAUAGAGAGGUGAAAAUGGAGAAGCCAAAGAGACCCCCUCAUUGGGUCAAGUUUGUUGAGAGUACCCCUGAGCUGGCUGUCACAUGUUCUGAGGUUGGCCUGCAAGGGGGCAUCUGACUUCCUAGGUCAUCUGGGUAGCUCUGAGUUGAAAGCCAGAGGCAAUCCAGUGGCCAGACUUUAUGGAAAGGCCCUCGGCUGGCUUGUGAUGAUGUGUCAAGUAUAAAAGAGAAGGAGCCAGCUUGCUGCACCCCCAGGGGGUCCUUUUUGCACAUCCAGGAACACUGCCCCAGAAGCAUCCCCCAAUGGCUAAGGCACCACCAUUUGUGCAGCAGUAAGCAGACUGUACAGCCGACAGCUGGCAGUAAGAUUGACUUCACCAUAGUGCCAGGAGGGUCUCUGCUGUGCAAGGCUGGAGCCAGGGCCAGGGCCAGGCCAACCAGCUCAGAGGCCGUUGACUAGUCUGAUCAGACGAGGACCUUGCCAGACCCUUCUCUUUGCCUGUUUUGGCUGCCGCCUGCCUUGGCUCCAUCAGACCACCAGGCUGCUUGUGUGGUUUGCAAGAAUAGAUGAUCCAACCCCUUCUGUGUCAGGCUGAACCACAGCUCCUGCGCCAGGUCUAGCCCUACCCAGACAUCCUCAUUAGUCAGGCUCAACCUGCAGACAGGCUUAUCAGCCCCUCGUUCUUUGACUUUGUGUUGUGUAAACACGCGUAGGAAGGAGCCCAAAGACCAAUCGCUGCCCUCCAAGCAUCUCCUUGUGCUUAAGGACAGAGAGUGCGGCUCCCUUUCCCACCCAGUGUAACGGUGACACACAUAGAAGUGUUUGAUGACUCCGUGGACUGGAAGAGUCAAGAGAGUUGGGAUGGGAAACCGAGACGUUUUCUCAGAUACAUUUCAUGCUGUGACCCUUCAAAUGGCCCGGCGACGACGACCACUAGGAGCCAUUCUGGUCUCCCUCUGCUCAAGUGUCAAUCUCUGUGGAAGAAAAUGGAGCCCAGAAAACAUGGUGACCCCUGCCAUCAGGGAACUAUUUUUGAAAAACAGUAGUUGGGGCUGAAGAGGUGACUUAGUGAUUUAGAGCCUUGUGGCUCUUGCAGAGGACCCAGGUUCAAUUUCCGGUGGCUUACAGCCAUCUAUAACUCUAGUUCCAGGAGACUGAGCACUCUCUUGCUGACCUCUGUGGGCACCAAGCAUGCAUGUGGUAUGCAUACAUGUGUGCAAGGGAAAUGUUCAUACACAUAAAGUAAAUCUAAGAUUUAAAAAAAAAAACAAACAAAAAACACCUGAUGGUCCAGCCAGGUAUGGUGGUCCCUUGUCAUCCCAGCACUGGAGAGGUAGAGACCAGAGAAUCCCUUUGCAGUGUUAGCUAUUAGGUCUGGUGGCAUACUGCAGACACGGCACCAGUCUCUGGAGAUUAGAAGGGACCUAAGAAAAUCCCCAUUGCAGAGAGGGGAGUCAUAGCCCUUAGUGAUUGAGCCAUGAGUAGUUUAAUCUUUGCUUAAGUCAGUGACUCCCCACCUGAGGCCAAGGAUAAAGGUCGACAACCUGAAUUCAACCCCUGCAUCCCACAUGGUAGAAAGGGAGAAUGGACUCCCCUAAGUUGCCAUCUGUCUGUCUUAGUUAGGGUUUUACUGCUGUGAACAGACACCAUGACCAAGGCAACUCUUACAAGGAUAGCAUUUAAUUGGGGCUGACUUACAGGGUCUGUGGCUCAACCCAUUAUCAUCAAGGUAGGAGCAUGGCGGCAUCCAGGCAGGCAUGGUGCAGGAGGAGCUGAGAGUUCUACAUCUUCAUCUGAAGGCUGCUAGCAGAAUACUGAUUUCCGGGCAGCUAGGAUGAGGGUCUUAAAGCCCAGGCCUGCGGUGACACACCCACUCCAACAAGACCAUGCCUCCUCAUAGUGUCAUUCCCACGGCUACACAUACAUAAACCAUCAUAUCUAGGUUGAGAAUGAUGACCCGGUGAGAGAUACUAUUUCAAAAAGAGAUAAUGUGGGUAGCUCUCAAGGAACAAAAGUCAGUGUCAUCUUCUGACCUCCACACAUGCACAUUCAUACAUGUAAACCCACAAGAACCUGUGCACAUAUCCCCAAAUGAUGCUGAUCUUGGUAGUAACGCCCUCAGUUUCCUCACAAACUUAAAAGCAGGCAACUAGGAUCCCACCCGGGUUUUCUUUGACUCUGUGGUAUGCUCGCUGGGACUUAUAUUGAUAGCCAGGGAGGAGAGUCACUCGGAGACAGCAUUUUUUUCAUCAUCAUAGUGCCACACCCCUUUCGCCACAAUCACUAGCACAGUCUGGUAGCAUGCAAGCUCACGGAAGGUGGGGUUAGGAUGGUGUUCACACACAUUUACGAGCAAAUACUGACCUCUGCUUGGAACUCAGAACACACUAAACUUCUCAGCUGCAGAGUUACGGGAAAACCUAGGAUCUAAGAAAUCCAAUGUACUCAUCCCGGUUCAAGCCUACCAACUCAGCAAGAAUAAGCAUCAGGGAAGUGCCGUUCAUUGCUUGGGGAUGUAUUAGGAACAAGAAUGACUACCAAGGGCUGGAGAGAUGGCUCAGCAGUUAAGAGCACUGACUGCUCUUCCAGAGGUCCUGAGUUCAAAUCCCAGCGACCGCAUGAUGGCUCACAACCAUCUGUAAUGGGGUCUGAGGCCCUCUUCUGGUGUGUCUGCAGACAGCUACAGUGUACUCAUAAACAUAAAAUAAAUAAAUCUUAAGAAAAAAAAAAGUAAGGACCAUUUCUUGGUCCUUCCUCUCCAAAAAAAAAAAAAAAAAAGACUACCAAGUGUGUCAGCAUUAGCAGCCUUAGGCUAGUACGUAGACUUUCAUCCUGCGUGUGGUGUGUAGACAUUUUCACACAUAUGAGGGGUGCCUGUGCAAUAUGAGGGGUGCAAUAUGACAUGGGCGCUGUGAACUUAAAGUCCAGCACUUACACUGUCAGUGCUUUUUAUCCCCAUCUCCCUCACCCCGGCACACUCUGUUCCCAUCGUUUGCCUGUCAGUCUUUCCCCACCCCCUGCACCGACAGAGAGGGGGCUGGGUCAGAUCUGCCUAUCACAUUCCGAUCGCUAUUACUGGAGUGUAUGUUGUGUCUCUACAGCUCUUCGAUGUCUGUAACUACACGGCCAGUGCCUUGGAUGGGAUUCAUAGGUUCUUGUCCUAAAACACAAUAGAGGGAGGAUGUUGGCACCCUCUGAACAGAGGGAAUCUCCAGAUUUAAGAUCUUGAAGCGUCAUUUCCCCUAAGGAUAAAGCCCAUUGGUCAAAUGGGGUUGCCCUAAAAUUCAAGUAUGGUCUUAUUGCUGGGAUUUCUAUUACUAAAAACAAAAGGUAAACGACUCUUAGUUUAAUCCAGGAUACUUAAACUUCUGUUUGUAUAUUUGUUUGUGUUCCGUCUUUGAGUGCGUGUGUGUCUGCACACUUGCAUGUGUGCAUUGUCAGUGUGUGUGUGUGUGUGUGCACGUCAGUCUUUGGUGCACCCAUGUGCCCCCCUACAUGUGGAGGACAGAGACACCCUUUCCCUUUAAGAUGGGAUCUCUUAUUAUUUACUGCAGGGUGAGUAAACUCUCUUAUCUUGAUCCCAAGACACGAGACAGCUGCCAGCUCAGCUCUACCUUCAUUCCUCUGUAUCCCGCAACCAAAGGGUGUGGUAGUUUUGGCAACAGGGACUUAACACCUAGGUCUAGCGGGCAACCAAGUACAACAGCAGGAGUCUGAGUCAUUUGGGGGCCUCCUGGAGAGUUCCUGACCAAUACCUCAUAAGAAAUAUGUCUUACACCUGGCACUAAGGUUUGUUUUUACAUCUACCUCAUGUAGUGCACAGGAAAAGGUAGAGGAGGUGUCUUUGGGGUAGAGGUAGGCUCUGUGAUUAAUUUUAUUUGGUUAUGUUGUUGGUAACGGUCUUAGUUAGGCUUUCCAUGCUGUGGAGAGACACCAUGUCCAUGGCAACUCUUAUAAAGGAAAACAUUGGGGUUGGGGAUUUGACUCAGUGGUAGAGCGCUUGCCUAGGAAGCGCAAGGUCCUGGGUUCAAUCCCCAGCCCCGGGAAAAAAAAAAAGAAGAAAAAAAAAAAAAGAAAGGAAAACAUUUAAUUGGGGCUGGCUUACAGUUUCAGAGGUUCAGUCCAUUAUCAUCAUGGCAGGCAGCAUGGCAGCAGGCAGGCAGACGUGGUGUUGGACAAGGAGCUUAGCAUUCUACAUCUGGAUCCGAAGGCAAGGCAGUCAAGGGGAGACUCUUGGCUUCAGGUCGCUGGGAUAAAGCGUUCUUCUGCACUAGGCAGAGUUCAAGCAUCGGACCUCAAAUCCCACCUACACAGUGACACCCUUCCUCCAACAAGGCCACACCUCCUAAUAGCGCCACUUUCCAUGGGCCAAGCAUAUUCAAACCACCACUGUGACACGUUUUUAUAAUCCCAGCACCAAGAGGUAGAGAUUGGAGGAUCAGAAACUCAAGGUUGUCCUUAGCUACAGGUCCAGGCUGGCCUGGAUUACAUGAGACCCUGUCUCUAGAAGGAAGAAGGGAAACUUCUGAAGGCAUAAAAGCUAGAGCCGUGAGGUUCGCUGUCCUCUCAGACCACUGCCAGAGCCAGGUCUAGAAUAUUGCUGAGUGUCUUAAUUUGAUUUUUAUCCAUCAAUAGUGUCACUGUUCUAGAAUAUUGCCAAGCGUCGUAAUUCGAUAUGACCCAUCAAUAGUAUCAUUUCAUGAAGAGAUCUGAGCGGUAAGCAAACCUACGGAUAUCAUUAGGCCUCUCCCCCACGGUAUGGUAAGGACUUCAACUGCAGAGUCACCCCGUUGGCGGUGCAGCCUCUAGAUGGCCAGUGAUGACAGGAGAAGUGGCUUGUUUCUGGGAACUGGUGCAAAGAAGCCUGGGGACCUGGUCUCUUGCAGGCCCUGGAGGGUUGCUCCACCCAGCUCUGCCUUCGCAAAUGACUGCUUUCCCAGCUCCCUGCCCACCCAAGGCCUCUCUAGGUGUUUUUUUUCCCCCUUCCUCCUUUGCAUGGAUUCCUUGGGAUGGUCAUACUUUCUCUGCCUGGGAAGAGCAGCAGGACAGAUAAAACAAAUGAUUAGUGUUUUUCUGAAGCAUCAAGGACAGAUUAACUGUAACAAGGGUCUACCACAGACCUCAGCAAUCCCACCAUUCCAUCAGUCCAGAACAGCUGACUCUCAGCUAUGUGCUUAAGUAACUGAACUCUUUUCAAAAGUGGCCAAAUGCUUGGCAUGUUGUUUACUUGGUAGAAUGCUUGCCUAGCAUGUACAGAGCCCCGGGUUUGGUCACUAGGUAGACCAGAUGUGGUGGCACACAUCUGUACUCUCAGCACUCAGAAUGAGGAAGCGAGAGCAUCAGAAGAGAAGGCUCAUCCUUGGCUAGAGGCCGAGUGCUAAACCCAACCAGGCUACGUAAGCUCUUGUUUCAAAUAAGGCCAGCGAAAUGGCUCAGUUGGUAGGAGGUUUUUCCACAGGAUCCUGGUAACUCGAAUUUGAUCACAGAACCCACACAAUGACAGAAGCAGUAAACAGGUUACACAGAGAGGUAUUCUCUGCCCUUGACCUACAUGCUGUGGUACAGGCACCACCCCCAUUUCAUACACAUGCAUGAUAAUAACAUAAAAUUUAAAUUAAAAUUGGCCAGGAUGUGGUGACCUGUGAUUCUAGCCCUUAGAAGACGGAGGCAGGAGGAUCAGGAAUUCAAACCUAUCCUUGGCUUCAUACCUAGACCAUCCAAGGCUCUAAGACCCCCUGCCUGAGGAUGUGGGUAUUAAUCCUGGGGGCUUAUGAUGGUGUCCUGGGAACCCCAACACACAGACAUUGCCACACACUCCUGCACAGAGAUCUGAGGUGCCAGAUGUCUUCAAAAGAAGGACCUCAAAGCUCGCUGCCACCGAGGCGCUAGCUGCUGCCACCUCCAAGAACCUUUGAUCCAUCACUGUCUGAAUCCAACCCCUCUCGGGGCAGAAUCACUUUGAACCCAGAGCCAGCAACCCAUCUCCGACACCUUCCGAGUUACCUCACGCAAGCAAAGGCAUAGGCUUCUGGGGGUUGAUCUUUUUACCUUCCCUAAAUUGUGAGGGGUACUUCUUUCUGUGUCGCCCUAUGGGGCCCUAAGAACUCUCUGCAAGACCGUUCAGAGCGCGCCAGGCUGAAGAACUGUAGGCAGACGUUCAUUGUCUUGGUGACCUUCCUCUAUUAGUUGCUGAUACGGAUAAACCACAGGCAGACAGAAAAUGGAAAGGAAAGGAAAUUCGUCAUAAGGCUGUGUGUUUUGUUAUUCGGGGUACGGUGGGGAGGAGGGGGUAUGGAGAGACCCUUCAUGGAGAAAAUCCAGCAGUAAUGAGAGUCUGAAGCCCCGGAGCCAGACAUACUGCAGAGCUAAUGUGAUAUUUUGGUUUUGUUUAUUCUGCAGAAAUGGCGGAAUUUCAUUUUUUAGUAGAAUUACAAGUUCUUCUUUUUAUUAUUCACAAGCCCUAACACGCACGGCUGCCUGAGCCAGGACACUGGUGAGUUAAAUACCAGGCUCCUUGCGAAUCUAAACUGGUUUUCCAGGCUCUACUCCCCGAUGGGCCAUGAGACUUGUUGGAAUGGUGUUUUCCUAGCUCUGAGCCUCUGCAGGGCUGGCUCAUGGCUGCCUUUUGCUGGGGGUGGGGACAAGAAGCCUAACUGUGUGACUCUCCCUUAGGAAGGGUGACGGAAAGCACUAAAGGCAGAUUGGGACUGGAAAGGGGAAGGAGGGUCGUGUGCACUGGUUUCCAGGACGCCUGCUACACAGUUUUCGUGGGAUCUACAAUGAUGAGUGGUCCUUGGCUUUGGGAAGGUAGCUCUCAUGGUAAAGUGCUUGACAGACACCCAGCCAUGAAAACCUGCACCCACGUAAAAAGCCAGACCUGGCAGCAUCUGCUUGUAAUCCCAGAACUAGGCAGGAGGAGACAGGAGGACUCCUGGAGCCUGUUGGCCAGCCAGUCAGUAAGUGCCAGGUUAGGUAAGAGACCCUUGUCUCAGAAAACAAACUGGAAGGGUGGAGAGAUGACUCUGCAGUUAAGAGUAUUUGCUGCUUUUCCAGAGAACCAGAAUUUGGUUUUAGAAAUCACGGUGAGCAGCUCAUAGCUGCCUGUAAUUCCAGCUCCAAGGAUCCAAUACCAACUUCUAGCCUUCUUGGGCGACCUCCAGCAUGUGCAAAGGCAUCUAUACACACACACACACACACACACACACACACACACACACACACAUGCACACCACACCAUACCACACCACACACACACACACACACACCACACACACACACAUACACCACACACUACACACAACACACCACACACACACACCACACACAUACACCACACACACACACACACACACACCACACAUACACCAUACACACACACACACCACACAUACACCACACACACACACCACACCACAUACACACAUACACACACAUACACCACACACUACAUCCACACACACAUACACCCCACACAUACACCACACAUAUAUACCACACACACACACACCACACAUACACCACACACACACCACGCAUACACCACACACUACACACACACCACACACCACACACACACCACACACAUAUACCACACACACCACACACAUAGACACAUACACACAGACACACACCACACACACACACCACACGUCUUAAAAACAACAGUCAUACUUAUGCACCACCUGCACCCACACACAUUCAAACCUAGCUCCUCCCCCAGUCUGAUUUUCUUGUCUUGUGUGGUUCCCCAGCACUGCACCUGUUUGAAGAUGGGUGUACAGCCUGCAGGACAACUUCGAAUGCCUUUUUUAGGGUGCUAGCCAUCCUGUUUUUGAGUCAGAGUCUCUGACUAUCCUAGUACUUGCCAAGUAGGUUGCUCAGUGAAACCCAUGGAUUUCCUGUCCCCACCUCUGUAACAGUGGAAUUCUAAGUGCACACUAUCAUGCCAGAUAUGUGUUUGUUCGUUUGUUUUUUUUUUUUUUUUUUAAGAUCGGGUUUCUUUCUGAAGUCCUGCUAUACUGGAAUUCGCUCCAUAGGCCAGGCUGGCCUUGAACUCAGGCCUGCCUGUGCCUCCCAAAUGCUGGUGUUAAAGAUGUAUGCCGCCACUGGCCAGCCACACCCAGAUUUUUUAGGUAUUGAUGUUGGGAAUCGAAUUUCGAUCCUCACACUUGCAAAGCAAGCACUGUACCAUCUGAGCUAUCCCCGGACCCCUCCAUUGUGCGUUUUUAAUUUCUCACUCCCACCCAACAUCCUGGACUGUGGUCAUUUCCUGCCCUGAGAUAUGAAUGUAAGCAAGUGGUUCCAGAACUUUCUCCAUUGCUGGCUGUGUGACCAUGGGCAUGCUCACCCAGUUUAGCUUUCUCCAUGUAAAGCAGCAGUAGCACUGUCAAGCUAAGAGCUUCCACCCAGGUCUCCUUUACCUGAUGUGCUGGUUUGCACGACAGCACAAGGCAUAUAGGUGGGCACCUGGGCAGGAGAACUGGGCUGCGUGGGGAACCACCAACCCCUCCCACGUGGUCACACAGCUCUCCCUUUGAAAGCUGGCCCUGAGUGGGAUGGGCCACAUUGUAGACAGAGCCUACCGCAGCGUGCCUGUCAUCCCUUGCACAGUGGUGGUGGGGUUGGCACAGCGGUGUGUUUGGAGAUCAUGUAGCGCCUCAAUCAGAAAGCUGGAAGUCAGCCACAACGCAUGGUGGCACACGUCUGUAACCCCAGCAUUUGGUAGGUAGAGGAAGAUCUCCAAUCCAAGGCCAUUAAGGGGAAGAUAGUGCACUCGAAUGUAGCUCAAGCAGCGUAGUAAGACUCCAUCUCCAAAAAUUGGGGAGCCAAGGGGCGGGGGCUAUAACUCAGUUAGUUGAUGGGUUGCUUGCCUUGCAUAGCCCUGGGUUUGAUUCCUGGACACCAUGAUGCACAUCUGCAAUCCCAGCAUUCAGGAGGUAGAGAUGGGAGAAUCUCAAAUUCCAGACUAGCCCGAACUACAUAGGUCAUUCAAGGUGACUUAGAGUGAGGUUUCCUUGUGUGGAUGGAGCUGGGAUGGUGGCUCACUAGAGUGCCUGCCAUAUAUGCAUGAUGGCCUAAGGUCAGAGCCCCACCCCACCCCCAUCACCAGAACCCACAUAAAAAACAGAAGCAUUGGAGCUCGAAAAACAAAGAUGCAGAUGGGUCCUUGAAGUUCGGUGGCUAGUUGGCCUAGACUAAUCACACAGUUUCAGGUUUAGUGAGACCCUGUCUCCAAAACUAAGGUGGCCAGGAAUGGUGGUACAGGCCUUUAAUUCCAGCACUCAGGAGACAGGCAGGUAGAUCACUGAGUUGGAGGCCAGCCUGGUCUACGUAGUGUGUUCAAAGCCAGCCAGGGAUAAAUAGUGAAUUCCUGCCACUAAUAGUAAUAAUUUGAAGGGUCAAGGAAGAUACGCAGCCUCAACCUCUAGUCUCCAUGCAUGCAUACAUGCACACUCUGGAUACAUGUUUACACACACACACACACACACACACACACACACACACACACACACACACGGGUAUAUGGUAAGUGUUCAGGGCUUUAUAUUGGAUCAGAUUCCUCUACCCAGUUUUCCCGGAGCUAAUGAGAAAAGGAUUCUAGAGAAGCUGAAAAGUCUUAAAGACAGGAAGGGGAAAAUCCUAAUUACUACCUAGAAAACAACCACCCGCUCUAAACCCAGCAGGUUACUGGAAGAUAACGUGUGGGCAGUGAGUCAUUAGGACACUGUAAUCCUUGCUGUGCAAGGGAGAGUUAUAACCGUAGCAUGGGGCCAGGAGAGGAACAAGGCUUCAUAAAUCACUCUGCUGGCACCGUUGCCUACAUGCCCGGGCCUGUAGCAAUCUAUCCCAAAUGAGGAAAUAAUAAUGUCACGUUCCCCCAGCCCUUUCCUAGGAAAAGAAAAUGUCAUCCUAGAGAGUAGGGAGGUAUGUAGAAGAGCCCUUUCUGGUCCAUGCCUCACAGCAAGGUCAAUGGACCUGAGCUCUUUUUCCACCUGAUGCCCCUGGCCAACCUGGGUAGGACCAGAAAGAACCUCAGACAGAGCACUCAGUUUCUCCGGUUUGUUUUCUAUGAGGUAAAUAGAUGCUCUGGACUUUUACAUUAAUGUUGAGUAUUGAUGCCAGUUGGAAAAGACUUGCUGGGUCUUGCUGUUACUCUUCCAUGUUAUCUAUUUUUUCAUUGCAUGUAUCUAGGUCUUUUUUUUUUUUUUUCUCGGAGCUGAGGACUGAACCCAGGACUUUGCACUUGCUAGGCAAGCGCUCUACCACUGAGCUAAAUCCCCAACCCCUAGGUCUUUUUUUUUUAAAAAAGCAUUUAUCUCCAUUUUAUAGAUGGAAGAAAGUUCUAUGGAAUAUCUGAAGGGUUUUUUGUUUUUGUUGUUUUUUUUUUUGUUUUUUUCUGCUAAUUGAAGGUCCCAAGAAAUAGUUUCCACACCAAAUGAAACACCAAAAUGAAUAAAAGCUUAAAAUUAAUAGCUAGCCCUUUCGCUGUUGAUGGAGGAGUCUUGAUGAUGACACUUCCUGGAUGGCAAAUGACUCUGCUCUGUGGAGUGGCUCUGAAACCCAACUGUCUGUGUCUGGAUGGUAACCUUGCCUCCUAAUCCUCUAUGUCCAUUGAACCUGAAGAAAGGAGUCUGAAAAUUGGUCCACAUCAUCUCUGCUGUGCUCACAGCCAAGAACCAGCCGUGUGGCCCUAUUGGGUUGCAAAGGGCCAAGAACUGGAAUCAUUUACAGAGAAAUUAAAGAAUCAUGAGUUUGUCAGCUCUUAAGUGUACAGGAACUGCACAUCCGUGUCACGUUAGUGGCUUACCAAAGGCUAUGAUUUUGCCUUAGAUCAUACCAAACCAAACAGAUGAUGCAGGCUAAAUUGUAUUCAUUCGUUUAUUCAUUGAAUUUCUUGUAGCUUUGCGUCAGAGGCAUGAUCUUCCUUAAGUUAUUUUUAAUCAAAACUGGAUACUGAGACUAUAUAGUGUUUUCAUUCAUUCAUUUAUUCAUUCAUUCAUUCGUUUGUUCAUCAUUCAUUCAUUAAUUCCAUUUUCAGAAGUUUUCCAAUAGAAACAUGGUUUCUCCUUAAGACUUACCGAAUCAAAUCAGGAUACCUAGACGAUACUGCGUUCAUUUGUUUGACUUGCUGGCCAGUAGAGGCUUGAUAUUUCCUCUAAGCAUACUGGAUGGAACCUAGGCACCUAGGCUAUUCUGUAUGUAUGUAUGUAUGUAUGUAUGUAUGUAUAUUUAUAUGUAUUUGCUCAUUAAGACAGUGCCCUGCUAAAAUAGCCUAGCCUGGCCUAGACCCCUGAACCUUGCUUUGGCCUCCCUACUGCAGUUACUCUGUGAAAGCACUAAUAUAUAAAUGAAUGGGUUGGGAGAAUGACUGGGUAGAUGGGUCUAGCUAAGGUAGGGUACACAGACUGAUGCUCUAUUUCUCCUGAUGUUCUGGGGGAGGGUUAUGUGAUGGAUGAGUUUCUUAAAAUCUGUGGAGAAAUAGCUCUGUGCUUAAUAUCAAGUACUACUCUUGCAGAUGACUCGAGUUCAGUUCCUGGCACCAGUCACUUGUAAUUCCAGAUCCGGGGACUCUCAAUAGCUCUUCUGGCCUCCAUGGGUACCUGCAGUCUCACAUACACACACACACACACACACACACACACACACACAGAGAGAGAGAGAGAGAGAGAGAGAGAGAGAGAGAGAGAGGAGAGAGAAACAAUAAAAUAAAUAUUUUUAAAAAUCUGUAUAAUAUGUCAGAGGACAAAGACCCCCUUCACAGUUGUGGUCUAAUUCCAGCCCCGUUGUCCCUUGUACUUAUACCUCUAAGGCUAAUGCAGGGUUUUGAAUCAAAUUAUAACACAGCCAACCACAUAAUAAGCAGAUUCAGAAAAGCCCAUAUUUAGAGUGGCCACUUGCCCCGGCUGUAAGUGGCAGCUGUUGGACUCCACGCUGUUGUCAUGUCCUUGUCAAAACUAUGGAGUGGGGGAACCUCGUAAUUUCUCCGCACUUGCCAAUCCCUCUGCUCUGACUGGCUGUACCGAAGUUCAUCAGCAGGCAGUCGGCUCUCCUGUGGGACCGCAGCCCUUUGAUAUUCAAAUGUUGGGAGUGUGCUAUUUAAUCAUUAGGCAGUUUACCAAACACAAAGGUAGGCCAUUGUUCCCUCAGAAUGCAAGCUCACUGAAGGGAAACAUUGGAAACAAAUGCUUUCUUCUAGAAGCCUGACUUUCCGGUAGACUGUGUUCAGGUCUCCUUUUAUGCUUUCUUCUCCUGUCCUCCAGUAAGGGAGGACAGCAGGAGUGUCCCGGAGCCAAGGCUAGAGCAUCAUGGGUGUACCACUACUGACCCUGCCCUCAGCCCAGACACACCAAACUCUAUACACUGUAUAUACCCAACUGAUUGUGUACUUCUAAAGAACCAGUUCACCAAAUUCGAGGUACUACGAACUAGGCUUCAGGCCGACAAGAUAACUCAAGUAAGUUAAGGGUAUGCACUACUAAGCAUGACAUCUCGGGUUUGUCCCCUGGGACCCACAGGGUAGGAGAGAACUGGUUUCCUCAAGUUGUCCUUGGACCACCAUAGACAUGUAUUGUGGCACGUGCCUAUCCCUUCCCCAAAUAUAAAUAAACAGACAAGUGUGAUAAAAUAGUUCAAAGGAACUGGGUUCCGUUUUUUACCUUUUUGUUUGUUUGUUUGGUUUUGAGACAGAGUUUCUAGUAGUAGCCAGGCUGGCCUGAGACUCACUAGGGUGAUCUUGACAUUCUUUGUUUUUAACUGUAUUUAUGAUUUAUUUACUUGUUCUGUGGGGACUGGGCCCAUGCCACAUGCUCUGUGUGGAGGUCAGAGGGCAACUUGAAACAGUCAAGUCAUUACUUCCUUCCACCACAGGGGUCUCCUCAGGUUUGGAAGACUCUUACCUGCUAUCUCACCAACCUUGCAGAUUCCCUUCUAAGAGCGGAGAAUCUGUGACCAGAGGUGUAAUCUUGAAAAUAGACUUAAGGUAGCUGGCUACAAGAGACAGGAGAGUGUCUGCGGGCGAGCCUUUGAAUGGUUCCCCCUCCAUUCCCAGAGAGCUGGGGUCGUGGCAUGGUCAUCAGGUCCGUUUAUGCAGGGCUAGCAACGGAGCUCGGAGCUUCUUGCGUCCAAGAUACGCAUUCUACCACGUGAGCUGUACCCACAGACCUGAAGCAUUCAUUUUAUGGUCUGGUGUUUGGAGUCGAACCCAGUACCACAGAGUUGCAGUCACGGUCUGAAUGAUGUUUCAGGACUCCGUGUGAGUGCAUGUGUGUGUGUGUGCAUGUGUGUGUGUGUGUGUGUGUGUGUGUAUGUGUGUGCAUGCAUGCAUGUGUGUGUGUGGGCAUGUGCGUGUGUGGGCAUGUGUGUGUCUGUUGUGUGUGUAUGUGUGUGUGUGCAUGCGUGGGGGGGCGUGUAUGUGUGUGCAUGCGUGUAUGUGUGCGCACGUGUGUGUAUGUAUAUGUGUGUGCAUGCAUGUGUGUGUACAUGGGUGUGUACGUGUGUGUGUGCAUGCGUGCGUGCAUGUGUGUGUAUGUGUGUGUGUGUGUGUGUGUUAUAUAGAAUUCCAAACUAAGUACAUAAGGAAAUUGAUGUGGCCUGCUAAGAAUUCAGAAGAACAUUCUGGAAUGGAGCUAAAGAUCAGAGUGAACUUUGGGUGUGGCGCAGGUCUAAGCAACAGGUUGCUGACUCCCUGCCUAUGCAGUCCUGCCCAGAAAAAAGAAAACCCUACAUUGUCCUGAAGAGCUUCUCAUCACCCCAUUCCGUCUUGCCCACCAAUGAGCUUGCUCUGCUCUUUGAGACAGGGUCUCAUGUAGCUCAGGCUGGCCUUGAACUCUCUGUAGCCGAGGAUAGCCUUAAAUUCCCGAUCAUCCCCUCCUCUGCCUCUUAAUUGCUGGGAAUCACAGACAUUUACCAACCACACUCAAUUUAGGCAGUGUUGGGGAUUGAACCCAGGGCUCCCUGUAUUGUAGGCAAGCGCUCUACAACCUGAGCCACAUCCCCUGCCUCCCCGGUUCUGUCGUUAGAGAGGAUGUACAAGUUCUCCCUCUGUGUGGCAGCAGGAAAUGCUCAGACACCCCUGAGCAUGCCCUGAGCGCCUUUUUCCCUUCCAGCUUGGUGCACGCCAGGAGGGUGGUCAGAAUCUCCCUUCUCAUCUGUUUCUGCAGGCGGUCCUUUGAUGGGGCAAGGUGCACCCUGGGGCUGAUCGUUCCUGGGAGCUGAGAGCUGUCAUUGCAGGGUUAAAUCUGCAACAGGAGAGAAGCCCUCACAGCAACCUCACAAAGAAUGGGAAAUGAGGGAGAGGAGACUGGGAGCCUGUUGAUUUUUGUUCUCACAGCCCAUCUUCUUCUUCAGAGAGAGAGAGGGGGGAAAAAGUUAUCUUCCCUCCCCCAUCUUCUCUCUGCCUUCCCACAACAUACCUUGUACUAAAUACAUUUUUCAGACCUGACUCUGUACAAACACAAUGUUGUUCUGCAAGCAUUAAAAGGCAAUUUAGUACUCAAAGGAUUAAAAGCUCAUGUUAAAUUGAAGACUACACUUGGCAUAAACAUUAAAAAUUGACAGAACACCCCGCACAUUAACAGUACCAGGGCUUCGUAAUUAGCAUUUAAAAGUAAAACAUCAUUUCCUUACUGUCUCCUGCUUGCUCAUUUAUAAUGCAUUUAUUAUAAUACAGAUGUGAGCGGAGGCUUCCCACCAUCCUUGGCAACUGAAGAGUAUACCUGUACCAAGAAAGACCUGGGUUCAUGAAUCCAGGUUGAAAAUCAAAAGCCAGAAGCAAACCCCUCCCUGGGCCAUAAGAGGUCGUCAAGUGGCCCUUUUAGAAGAAUGACACCAGGUCCCCCAAAGAAGUCCCCUUCACACCGUCCCCCAACCCCAUUUCCCUAACGAAUACUUGGAGGAAAAUCCACAUAAGCUUAGGCUAGGCGUGACUUGAUUUUCAAAUCAAGUAAUAAGUUACCGCGAGGAUGUGGGAAAUAACUUGUUGGCUCUCUGUCAGAUCUCCCCUCUCAACUUUGGUUCGGGGCUGCCGCUCAGCUGGCAGGCCCUUGCACCCCCAAGCGCUGCAUACAUUGGGUGUGGUCCAUGCACACCUGUAAUGCCAGCACUCUGGAGGCAGAGAGGCAGGAGGAUCCGUAAUUCUGGUUCAUCCUCAGGUACAGAUGGAGUUUCAGCCAGCCUGGGCUCAAAUUUUUUUUUCUUUUAAUUAAUUUAUUUUAUUGCUAAAACUGGAAUCAAGUUUUCCAACUCGAAGUGAAAUUCCACUGAACUAUAACACAGAUGGCUGAAUCUGCUAAUGAGGACACCUGUUUAUGACACCUCUGGGCUCCCGCUUAAAUGUGGGGUUCUGUCUGAAUCACAGGCACAGUUGUAAGCCUGGAAUACAGUGUGGAUCUGCUUUCUUCCUGCACAGUUGCCUCUGAACCAGCUACACUGGCUAGGAAUGGGGACAUACUCAGCUUUUCUGCUCCCCCUUGGCCUGCUGGGCUGUAGCUCCCAAUUAUCUGUGUGCACUCCAGUUCCUGCAGUAGUCCUUCUAAUAUGAAGAGUCUCACUGAAAAGGGUCACAGUGGAGCUUGAGACCGUGUAUGUGUGUAUAUGCAUAGCAUGUGAAUUUGUGCGCAUGUGUUUAUAUAUACAUAUACACACAUAUAUACAUAUACGUCAAAUAUACAUAUAUACAUAAAAUACAAUAUAUACACAUAUACAUGUGAGCGCGCGCAUGCAUGUUAGAAGACAGCCUUGGCCUCUAUGUUCUUCAGAUGUUAUCCACCUUGGUUUUCCUUAAUUUUUACUCUGUUCAUAGAGGCUAGUGUGCGGGUGCACAUGCCUGUCCCUGCAGUCCUGUGGAAGUCAGAGGACAACUUUAGGGAGCUGGUUCUGUCCUUCUAUCCAGGAUUCUACCGUUAGAACUCAGCAAAAUGUGGCAUGAGUGUGUAUGAGAGAGAGAGAGAGAGAGAGAGAGAGAGAGAGAGAGAGAGAGUGUGGUGUGUGUGUGUGUGUGUCUACUGGGGACCAAACUCAGGUCCUCAUACUUGCAAGCGAAGAUUGUACUUGUUUAAGACAUUUUUCUAAACAUUCAUUUAUUUGGGGGGGGGGGAGAAGCACACACACCACCGUGUACAAGUGGAGGUCAAAGGACAACUUGUGGUGGGCUGGACAGAUGGCUCAGUAGUUAAGAGUACCUGGCUACUUUUUCAGAGAGCCUGGGUUCAAUUCCCAGCACCUACAUGGCAAAUUAUAAGCAUCGCCUAGCAGCCGUCCCAGGGAAUUGUGUUCCCAUGGUACACAGACAUACAUAUACACAGUCAAAACACACGUGGAAUAAAAUAUUCUUUUUAAAAGAACAGCCAUCUCGUGGAAGUAAUUCCUCUCCUUGCAUCCUGUUGGUCCCAGGGAUCAAACUCAGGUCAUCGGACUUGGCAGCAAGCGCCUGUGUGUGCUGAGCCGUCUCACCUCCCCCAAGCUCUGCACUGGGAACACACUUCCAGCAAGAUGGCAGCUGCCGGUCUGUCGACUGGCCAGAUUCGGUAGAGCUGCUCAUCAGCUCUCAGCUGUGAUGCAUGGCGCCUUCAGAAUGCCGGGUCCCUGGGGGUGAAGCCAUAGAGAUUAGAAAGAUAGCCAAGAUGCCUGCCCAGUGAAUAGACUCCAGAAAUGCCUGAGAACACAUUAUCUUUCUCAGGCAGGUCCUCCCAGACCUCAUUUGUAAUGUGUGAUGGAGGACGCCUCUCCCUGAUGUUAUCUAGGGACUGAGAGCAGACCUCCUCAGCUGUCCCCGACUGGCCCUGUGCACCCCAGCUGGGGCACUAGAAGUUUAUCAGGUUAGCCAGAUGACAGGACAAAUAUAAUUUCUGGGCCACAAGGCCAGUCUGGGUGAACGCAUGACACAAGGUUGUUAAAAAAAGUAGGAGGUUGAAAAUAGACUCCACUCUGGUCAGAUGGUGCCAGGGACUGGCCCAACUAGUGGAAUGCCCCAGCGCUGGAGGACUGAGGCAGUGAGGCCCACAUACCUGGAGAGGGUCUUGCCAAAGACAGCUUCCUUGAGAAACCAAUUUGGCUGCAACUCUGGUAAACCUCUUGCAGCCAAAGGGAGGAGAAAAGAGGGCAUUAGUGCAGAUACAAGGAUAUUCAGAUGUAAGCUGGCUCCUCGUCGUUCCUUCUCGGCAGUGUAAUGAUUCUGAAAAUUCCAGAAAUGUAUUCAUGCCCCUGCAUGACUUUCGAAAAUGCUCUCGUCUCACCAAAGCCACGGGCAAAACACGCUUGAAUGCUAUCAGGAGCCAGGCUUGCUGACUGGGAGGUGAGGACAACUUGGAUGAGGCUUCGGAUGCUAGCUCUGAGAAACUCUUCAACACUGUUCUUGUAAACAAAGAUCCAGAGUUAGGUGUUGGCGCACUGCCUGAACACAACCAAGAUGCGGGACCAAUUGUCCCCAAGAUCUCGGGUCUAGAGAGAAGCCAGGAGAAGAGCCAGGACUGUUGCAAAGAGCCAGUCUUCGAACCUGUGGUGCUCAAAGACCCACAUCCUCAGCUCCCCCAGCUACCAUCCCAGCCCCAGGCCGAGCCCCAGCUCCAGAUUCCGUCUCCAGACCCGAACUUGGUACCCCGCACUGAAGCUCCGCCCCAGUUCCCUCCUCCGAGUACACAGCCCGCCCCAGGACCCCCAGAAGCCCAGCUGCAGCCCGCCCCGCUGCCUCAGGUGCAGCGGCCACCCAGGCCGCAGUCUCCCAGCCACCUGCUCCAGCAGACCCUUCCGCCUGUGCAGUCGCAUCCCCCUUCCCAGAGCCUCUCGCAGCCACUGUCCGCCUACAACAGCAGUAGCCUGAGCCUCAACAGCUUAAGCAGCAGAAGCAGUACCCCGGCCAAAACCCAGCCCGCCCCUCCUCACAUCUCCCACCACCCCUCCGCCUCUCCCUUUCCCCUCUCCCUGCCCAACCACAGCCCCCUGCACAGCUUUACACCCACCCUCCAGCCCCCUGCCCACUCACAGCACCCCAAUAUGUUCGCCCCUCCCACUGCUCUGCCUCCUCCCCCGCCGCUGACAUCCGGAAGUCUGCAGGUGCCAGGGCAUCCCGCAGGGAGCACGUACUCAGAACAAGAUAUCUUGAGGCAGGAACUGAACACUCGUUUCCUGGCCUCCCAGAGUGCCGACCGAGGGGCGUCCCUGGGCCCUCCACCCUACCUGCGGACCGAGUUCCAUCAACACCAACAUCAGCACCAGCACACGCACCAGCACACGCACCAGCACACCUUCACACCGUUCCCCCACGCCAUCCCACCCACUGCCAUCAUGCCGACGCCAGCACCUCCCAUGGUGCGUACCCCAGGCAGAAAUUUUGACAAAUACCCCACCAAAGUUGACCCAUUCUACCGGCAUAGUCUCUUCCACUCCUAUCCUCCUGCCGUCUCGGGUAUACCCCCCAUGAUCCCACCCACGGGCCCUUUCGGUUCACUUCAAGGAGCAUUCCAGCCGAAGACAUCCAAUCCUAUCGAUGUGGCUGCCCGGCCCGGAACAGUCCCACACACUCUGCUCCAAAAGGACCCAAGGUUGACAGAUCCUUUCAGACCCAUGCUAAGGAAACCAGGAAAGUGGUGCGCCAUGCACGUGCAUAUCGCCUGGCAGAUUUACCACCACCAACAAAAAGUCAAGAAACAGAUGCAGUCAGAUCCGCACAAGCUGGACUUUGGGCUGAAGCCUGAGUUCCUGAGUCGUCCUCCGGGCCCUAGUCUCUUCGGAGCCAUCCAUCACCCCCACGAUCUUGCACGACCUUCCACUUUGUUCUCUGCUGCUGGUGCUGCACAUCCUACUGGGACCCCUUUUGGGCCACCACCUCAUCACAGCAACUUUCUCAACCCUGCCGCUCACCUAGAGCCUUUUAACCGGCCGUCUACAUUCACGGGCCUCGCUGCAGUCGGUGGCAAUGCCUUCGGGGGACUUGGAAACCCUUCAGUUACACCCAACUCAGUGUUCGGCCACAAGGAUAGCCCCAGUGUGCAGAACUUUAGCAAUCCUCACGAACCCUGGAACCGGCUGCACCGAACGCCUCCGUCGUUCCCGACCCCUCCGCCCUGGCUGAAGCCAGGGGAGUUGGAGCGCAGUGCGUCCGCUGCAGCCCAUGACAGAGAUAGAGAUGUAGAUAAACGAGACUCCUCCGUUAGUAAGGAUGACAAGGAAAGGGAAAGCGUUGAGAAAAGACACCCCAGCCAUCCUUCCCCAGCACCUCCCGUCCCGGUGAGCGCCCUGGGCCAUAACCGCAGCUCUACCGAUCCGACGACCAGGGGUCAUUUGAAUACUGAGGCUCGUGAGAAAGAUAAACCAAAAGAGAGGGAGAGAGACCACUCGGGAUCCCGAAAGGACCUGACCACCGAAGAGCACAAAGCCAAGGAAGGCCAUCUGCCCGAGAGAGAUGGGCACAGCCACGAGGGACGUGCAGCAGGCGAGGAACCCAAGCAGCUGUCCCGGGUGCCAUCGCCCUAUGUGAGGACACCAGGCGUGGAUAGCACCAGGCCUAACAGCACCUCUAGUCGGGAAGCCGAGCCACGCAAGGGCGAGCCGGCCUACGAGAACCCCAAGAAGAACGCGGAGGUCAAGGUCAAAGAGGAACGCAAGGAAGACCACGACCUACCUACCGAGGCUCCACAAGCCCACAGGACCUCAGAGGCACCUCCGCCCAGCUCCUCAGCCAGCGCCAGCGUGCACCCAGGGCCUCUGGCAUCAAUGCCCAUGACCGUGGGAGUGACUGGCAUCCACGCCAUGAACAGUAUCGGUAGUCUGGACAGGACACGCAUGAUGACCCCAUUUAUGGGCCUCAGUCCGAUCCCAGGGGGAGAGCGCUUCCCGUACCCCUCUUUCCACUGGGACCCUAUGCGGGACCCCUUGAGGGAUCCUUACCGUGACUUGGACAUGCACCGAAGAGACCCUCUGGGCAGGGACUUUCUGCUCAGGAAUGACCCCCUGCACCGGCUCUCCACACCCCGGUUGUAUGAAGCCGACCGCUCGUUCCGGGACAGGGAGCCUCAUGAUUACAGCCACCACCACCAUCACCACCAUCACCCGCUGGCCGUGGACCCUCGACGGGAGCACGAACGGGGUGGACACCUAGAUGAACGCGAGCGGCUGCACGUGCUUCGGGAGGACUAUGAGCACCCACGGUUGCACCCUGUGCACCCCGCUUCUCUAGAUGGACACCUCCCACACCCGAGCCUGCUCACACCAGGCCUGCCUAGUAUGCACUACCCUCGCAUCAGCCCUACUGCGGGCCACCAGAAUGGACUACUUAACAAGACCCCGCCCACCGCGGCGCUCAGCGCCCCACCUCCGCUCAUCUCCACAUUGGGGGGCCGCCCGGGAUCCCCCCGGAGGACUACGCCUCUGUCGGCUGAAAUCCGAGAGAGGCCACCGUCCCACACACUGAAGGACAUUGAAGCUCGAUAAGCCAAGGAGGAUAAGGCAGACCUCGCAGUCGGGGGAGAAACCCCAGGGACACCCACCCCCAGACUCAAGAGACAACUCCUGCACCCCCAAAACUGAGAGGCGCAGAGCUCCAACUCUUCCCCUGAAAAAAAAAAAUGGACAGAGACUCCGUUUGGAUGUUGAAAUGUUUUUGUAUAUUAAUGUUGGAAUUUUUCAGACCUUUUAGCCAGGUCCCGUUUGUUCUUACCUUUCUUUACUUUUUUUGUUGUUGUUCCUUGCAUAAAACUUUGAUUUGAACCAAAUCGGUGAAGGUACUGACAGACAAGGAUCUGAUGAUCAUGGGGGGCGGGGCGGGGGGCGGAGCCUCUGUCCAUCACCCCGAGCUGUCUCGGCAGGAGGUGUGUACAUAGAAUGUAAAAAGAGAUUGCUUCAUGAGCUGACGGUUCAUAUAUGCAAAAGAUAAAGACGAAAGCUUUACUUGUACAGAUGUAAAUAGGUGAAGAGUAACAUAAUACAUUAAUACUUCUUCAGAUGUGCUAUUUACAAGUCUAAUAUCCGUGAACCCGGCCGGCCCUCGGAGGAGGCCGCGUUCCCAUCUGCUAAACCCUUCAACUAUGCAAUGAAUACGAGGGCUUUUCCCCCCCCGAAGCCCGUCUAACUUAAAGGAGCCUUUUCAAAUCCAUUUACAACAUACUUAAGGUCAUAUUUUCCCUGAACAAGCGCUUACCCGAAAUGUUAGACAGUUGUUUUCCUUUUUUUUUUUUUUUUUUUUUUUUUUUGAUUUUUGUUUUUCAAACGAAGAACCACUUUUUUGGUUUUGGUUUGUUUUUGUUGUUCUUGUUUUUAAAUCUGGACCCCAGGCUGGAACUUGGCAUCGGAAGUUGCUGCUUGUGGCCUUCCGGGGAGAAAUGGGGAAAGGUCCACCCCCUAGAAAGUGUAGCUAAGAACCGGAAGCAGCUUUGCCCAGGGAAGAUGGGAUUGUUCUGCCAAUAAUCAGGGGCAGGUAGGCUGUUGUCUGCCAGCACAAACAGGCUCACCAGAAUUUCCGGUCACCUCUGAUGGUGUAAUGUUGCAGGCAACUUCAAGUGGGCACCGUGCCUCCUCCCCAACCCCCAAACACCACCCCCACCCCCGUGUCCUAGCUCAUAACAUGUACUCACUUCCUUGUUCUGUAGUAUGAUUUAAGGACACUCACACAGGUCCGGAAAGAAAGAAAGCUGUCUGGGUUUUCUCAGACGAUGGAUACGUUUUCAUGGUCACUGACGAAGGUACACAGAGCCCAGUGUGAAUCGUUUGAAUUCCAAUAGGAAAUGAAAACCUAGGCAGAGCUGAGCAGAUAGAUCUUGUAAGAGCCAUCAGAAAUUACCGAGGGCGAAAGGAGGCAGAGAGAGAGAGAGAGAGAGAGAGAGAGAGAGAGAGAGAGAGAGAGAGAGAGAGAGAGAGAGAGGAGAGAAUGUGUGUGCGUGUUCACGUGCAUGCAGGCGCUCUUGUGUGCACUUGUAUGUAUGUGUGUGUUGAAUUUUCAUCAGUCUUAAUGUCUUCAUGACACUUUUCUAAGGACAUGAACCCUCUUGUCUACAUAUUUGGAGAGAAUAUGACUUUACUAGCCGAGAAAAUACAAUAUAUCUUGUCUACUGGCCUGUAAAAUACAUGUAAGAAAUAAAAAUUAGUCGCAUUUGGUCCUCUAGUAUAUUAAAGUGCUAUCUGACAUUGUUAUCCUGGUUCUUUUGUUUUGUUUUCAAAAAAAAAAAAAUGUAAACUACAGACCAUUGUUUCUAAAAGCAGAGAGAUCUAUUUUAGUAGUCAACAGAAGGUUUAGUUGUGAAUUCUGAUUUUGUGGACACCAGACGUGUGUAAUGUUCUGUUUUCCUUUCUUUCAUUUUUAUUUUAUUUUUAAAAGACAACAAUUAAAAAGGAAAAAAAAAUCCCAAGGAUUCUGUGCACUGGAACUGUAGCGGUAGGGUCUCAGCAUUGUAAAGAGAUUGUUCUUGUACAGGCCUCUUUUUUUCUUUCUUUUUUUUUUUUUGCUGUUUCUCUUGUAUGUAAAAAAGAAAAAAAAAAGGAAAAAGGAAAAAAAAAAAAAAAGGAAGAAAAAAGUCCUUUCCAGACCCCACUUGAACAGGAAGGGAAGCAACGAAAUCUUCAGCAUGUCUCAUUGGAGGAGCCUUCUUGUGUGAUGUAAAUGUAUCAUGUUAUUAAAAAAAUGUGAACCAA